UAAAUUAUAAGGCAAAUGUUUAUUUACUAAUAAAAAGCGACGAUACAUAUAAUUAAGAAAAAUAGAGGUCACAAAAAUGAGGAUGGGUAUAAAAACCUUGGUUGGAGUAGUUUGAAGGUAUAGUUUAGGUAGAAAACUUGACAUAAAAGAAAGAAAGAAAAGGAAACACGAAGAUGAAAGAAAGAAAGAAAGAUAAAUGACCGAAAGUGUUUUCUUCAUGUGAACAGCCAAUAGAAGUUGGUAGAAUUGGGUUCAAAAACCUAAAAUUAUAAGCAAAACCCUUAUAAUUUUUGGCAUUCUGACAUUGUUCUGUAAGUGUAGAGGAAAAACAAAGAACAAUUGCUUUAUUUGGGAAAGAAGUUAUGCUUGAACUUGCCUAGGCAGGGAAGGGAAAAUCAAACCCUAAUCCAUUAACGAACCAAAGUACAGAAAAGGAAUAGUCUCUUGAACAAGGAAAGCAAGAGGCACAUGUAUAUAAAUUCAAUUCCAUAACUUACAUAUGUAGAACCCUAUCUAUCUCAAAACAUUUCAGUUCAUUAUUUGUGAGAUUCCAACCAAAAGUGCCAAAUCAUGGCUUCUGGAGCAAGAACACCAAAAUCAAGAUCAAGAUCAACAAGAACACAAUCUUCCAUUCGUCCUUUGUAUGAAACCUUUGAGCCCAAGUCAGAGAUGAAGGAAAAUGAAAAUGCAUAUCUUCUUCUUAUUUAUCUUCCUGGUUUUGUAAAGGAGAAGAUAAAGAUAAAUUUUUUGAAAUCUUCUCGGUUGGUGAGGGUGACAGGAGAACGACCAUUGGCAGGAAACAGAAUAAGCAAUUUCGAGCAAACAUAUUCUGUUCCAGAAGAUUGCGAGGUGGAGAAACUCCAUGGUAAGUAUGAACUUGGAACUCUCACUGUUACAAUGCCAAAGAAAUCCAUUAAUGCUUCUCAAGUUUCACCCAAAUCACAAGAAGAAACAGCACAAAAAACACCUCCAACUCCAUUACUCAGUUCCUCAGAAAAACCAGUGCUUGAUCAACCAAAGCCUAAAGAAGUAGCCAUGCCUCCAAAAUCUCCAACCCCAAGAAUGGAACCAGGAGAAAAAUCUAUCAGAGAUAGGUCACCAAGGCCAAAAACUGUUCAAGAGGAAACCAUGUUGAAAUCCUCACCACUUUUUGCUUCAACCCCAGUAAAGGAAACAGGUAAAUCUCAAAAGGGUCAAGAGGAAAUUGAGCCAAAACUGACAUCAGUGGGUGAUGACAGAAAAAUAGAACAGGAGAAGCAGGAGGAAAAUAAGCAAAAUGACAUUGCAACAUAUAUAGAAAAAGUGAAGAAGAGAAUCCAUGAAAAGGAAGAUAAAGUUGAUUGGAGUAGUCUUGAAGAGAGAAUGAAGUCAGGUCAGAGAUACAUUAAUCACGAUGAGGUUUGGAAAGGAGCAGAAAUAAUGAAGACAAGAGCAAAAGAAGGUGGAGAGAAGGGAAAAGAAAACAGUGAGAGUAACACUGAGAAAAGAAAGAGAGAAGAGGAUGAUGAGAUGUAUAGAAUAGGGAAAGGAAUAAAAGAAGUGGUUGCUUCGGCUAAAGAGAUAGUAACCAAAAUUGGAGAAGGAAAGUUGAAUGAAGAAGAAAAGCCUUUGGUUGCAAACAUGGGUGCUGCAAUUCUUGUGAUUAUGGCCUUGGGAGCUUAUGUGACUUACAAGUUCACGUCUUCUAGCAAAGCAUGAAAUGAAACUGCCUGUGGCCAUCAUCGUCUGCUUUUAUAUUCAUUUGCAACAUUUUCUUUGGAAUCUUUGAAAGUGUAAUACAAGUGAUGAUAAUGGUGAAUGUAUGUAUGAGAAUGAUGAUAUUUCACACCUUUUAGUUUCCUUGUUUUACAAAAGAAUUACUAGAUUUGGAUAUUGGCAAAAUGAAUAUAGAAAGUAAUUUUUAAUGUU